AGAAGGAAAUUAUUAUUAUUAUUUUUUCUUGACAAAAAAUAAAAGGUUUUUUUUUUCUUUUUUCUUUAGCUUCCUUUGUGCCCAUUAAACAUUGAAAAUGGCAGAUUAAGAAUCAUCAUUUCCCCUCCAAAGGAAACACUCAUCAUUGCUCCCAACAAUCUUUUUCUACCUUACAAAAACCUGAGCUUCUAAGAGACAUUCCCUUCUUUCUAUUCUUCUUCAACAAUAUAAAUAUAACUAUUUUCCUAACUUUUUUUCUCCCCUCUUCUCUCAAAGUCUCAAUUUUCCUUUUAAUUAAACUUCUAAAAAAAAGAUACUUUCUUUAUGAUGGAUCCUUCUUCUACAAACUCUGUUAAUGGCUUCUACACUUUUCUAACAAGAGGGAUUGAUGAUCUUGAAAGAGUUUUUCUCUCUAAUAACUUUAUGUCUAUUCAAUUCCUUCAAAGGGUAGUUUCCCUUUUGAGAUCUUUCCAUACACAGUUAACACUUCUUGUCCAAAAACUUCAUUUGCCUGUUGGUGAGAAGUGGCUUGAUGAAUACAUGGAUGAAAGUUCCAAGCUUUGGGAAGUUUGUCAUGUUCUCAAGACUGGCAUUUCUGGAAUGGAGAAUUACUAUUCUGCUGGUUUUAAUCUCAUUUCUUCUCUUGAUAAUCAUCCCCAUCUUACCCCACAAUUAUCUAGACAGGUGAUUAGAGGAAUAACAGGGUGCAGAAGAGAAGCAAUUGGAUUAGAGGAAGAAAACAGAGCAUUAAUGGAGACAAGAAUUGAGCCACUCUCAUUAAGAUUUGAUGAAAUUGUUUCAGUAGAAUCAAAGCUUAAUGGUUUCAAUGGAUUCAGAGGAGUUCUUUAUGCAAUGAGGAAUGUUAGUUCAGUGUUGUUAAUGAUCUUACUCUAUGGAUUAGUGUAUUGCUGGCCUGAAGAAUUUUUAACAAGAGGAGUAGGAGAAUAUGAAACAGGAUGUUUGUUCUUUGGAUCAAAUUUCAUGAUCUCAAUUUCAAGAUUGCAACAGAGAAUAGCUUCUCAGAUGAAUCUGAAUUCGGGGAGGCAAUCCAUUUUGUUGUAUGAGUUUUUGAGAUCAAAAGCAGCCAUGGAUGAACUUAGAGGAGAAUUGGAAAACAAAUGUGAAACUGGGAUAAUAAGGGAAAGAAUUGAGAAUUUGAAAGGGUAUUUUGGGGUUUUGAAAUCUGGUACUGAGAAUAUUAUUGGACAAUUGGAUGAUUUUUUUGAUGAAAUUGUUGAAGGAAGGAAGAAACUUUUGGAUUUCUGCAGCCAUAGGUAGCAGGAAAAAAAAAUACAAGUAGGGAAAAUCUCUAGUUGUUGAUUGUAUCUUUUGUUGUUUUUUAAUUUUCCAUUCUCUAUAUUAAUCUUUGUUUCCUUUUAGGAUUUUCUUGGGUUUUUUAUUUUAUUUUUCUUGAUGUGUAAUUUUCUAAGCUGUUGUAGUUGGUGAGAUCUUUUGUUAGAA